UGUCAUGGCGGCAGACCUGCUGGCGUCUCGAGGUGCGUUACGGAAAAAGAGAGAGGGAGAAAAAGAGAGAGGCGGCGAGUGUCUCGCAUAUUCGGAGGGGCUCCCGAGUCCUCACAGUCGAAAGGGUCGUCUCGGCGUUCAGGCAGAUCCAGUCGAGCCGCGGGCGUUGCUGGAUGUCGCGUAGAGUCCGAGGAGUCGCGUGAAGUUAGGCGAGGUCGCCUGCGUCGACGGGUAACGAGAACGAGUAAAUAAACAAUCGACGAACGGCCGCGCUAUCCUCGGUCGAACCGCGCGCCACGAACUAACACACGGCGAUAGUUAGUCACCUCGGCGAUAGGAAUUAACUCCACCGGUUGACACCGCUCACCGUGGAUGUGGGAUCGAUUUGCUUCACGUCAAGUUGGCACGGCUCACCCACACGCGCCGAUCAAAGUGUGAAUUCAGUGCGCUGAUCCCCCGGCGUCUCGCCUCCUCAUCGAGCACCGUGCAACGUCGCCUUUCAAUUCCACUCUUACGAUUAGUGACAAUGUGCUUGUGACGAGAGGCCGAAAUUCCGCGGUGGAAAAUCAGGGACGGUUUAGCCGUUUGUGAUUUGUUCGGGGAAACGAGUGGCCGAUUUUAACAGUCGGGGAAAAAACAAAAGACGUCGGAGAAACGAGAAGACGAUAUGAGGGACACAAACGAUAUGAUGGACGACGUAAUUUGCGAGGACACGAUGAUGGAAUGUAGCGGCGCGGACGGCGGAGGCCUGGAGGACCUUGUCAACCUUGCAUCGGAUAUCGCAGACGCAGCCCCAAGUAUACGAGACGCGGCCGAGCGUCUGCUGACCCUGCUGGGCGUUGACGAGGACGACGAGGCCUCGUCGUCGGAGGACGAGGGUGUGGAGGUCGACCUGGAGGACAGCGACGGAGAUGAGCCGCAGGACACGCGUCUGUUGCACCAGCUCGCGGCAUCGCUGGCGCAGGAGCUGAAGUACGCGAAGCAGAACAGUUCUAACAGCAAACUAGCGCUGCAGAGCCAAGGGGCAUGCAGCGAGGUUCAGGGUAAGAACGGGACGACUUCGAGCAUGGAUUUCGGCCCCGAAACGACGCGGGAGUACAGCUCGAUUAGCUUCGAGAGGCGCGGAAGUUCGGCUCCGUUCUGCCAUAGCGAGGAGUCCCGUCUUUCCCGACACCUGCAGCACCGUCUGCACGAGCAGCUGCCGCCCCCGCCCCCCUACCAAUGCACCAGGGUGAACGCGCUGCCCCAGCCUAACGAGGGGCGGGGGAAGUUCGAAUUCGUCGCGAGGGCCCAAAACCACGCGGAAAUGCCACCCGCCUACCCCUCCUUCGGCUCCUGCGCCAUGAUCGAGGACCCCGAGGGGCCCCGGCUGACGGACCCCGACUCGUGGGGCGUUGGGUGGGAGGCUUGCGCCUCCGAGGCCCUCCGAUACCUGGUGGAGGACGAGGGCCUUCCACCCCACCACCCCACCGUCGUCGCCAUGAAAAAUCACCUCGAUCUGCAGAGAGGGCGGGUCCUUUCUCAGUUCGUUGCCUGCUGCAAAUUCGGGUCGACGACUCGGUGAUACGGCGAUCGGGCGGGAGUAGAAAUUUUGAAAGAUCUGCAGAAAACUGGACGGUCACUAUGUCGAAUUAUCAAUGACGAGGAAAUUUAUUUAAGAUCAUCUUGAUUGAAUUUAGAAAGGUCCGAGUAUAGGAAUCCAAACACAGAUUUGUCGAAAUAAGUGAAAAUAUAUUUGGCACGUUUCGUGGGAAGGAGACAACUAUUAGGAAGGAGAAAAAGAAUGAAUAUGUACCGUGCCAAAAUGUAAAAUUGUUUGUAAAAUUUUGAUGAUUCUAUGGUUUGGUUUUUUCCACAAUUUACCUUGUACAUAUUGACUUUUCGCUUUUUUGAAAGUUCGAUGUCGUGAUUCUUUUAUUUCUUAAUCUUUCUACAUUUUUAACCCCUGUACUCCUACAGCGAUGAGCUAAUUUAGACGAAUCGAGGUGCCAUUCACUUAAGGAGGUUAUUGAUUUAACAGUGAAAAUUAAACUGCCCAUCAAAGUAACUUGAAUGAGUGAAAUUUUUUUUGAAACAACGUGAAAUCA